UAAGUUUCUAUAAAUACAAGGAGACUAUUAUUUUAGUCUCACAUCUAGAUCUAUAUAGCUACAGACAGAUGCAUCCCAGUUGGUACUAACUCCGGUCAUCUCUGAUGUAUUGACGCCUUGUCAACUGCCAAACCUGCAUGAAAGCACAGUUUUAACCUCCUUCUUAUACAGUGCACAGCUGGGUGCAGCACAGUCUGAGUCUUCUUUUCCUGGUCACGGUCUUCCAUCUACGCAACUGCAUUUGUACAUUCGCAUUGAUUUUGGCUACAACUUUGAACGUUUAAAUUUUCGAGCCUGCAUGUAUAUUUCGAAACACGCUUACGAUCAUUAAAAUAAAGCUUCGAAUAUUAACUGUAUAUUGUACUUACAACAGCCACUAUAUUAUACUAUGGAAGAGAUAAAUAGUUUUGUCUUAGGAUUGAGAGAGUUGUACAGAGAGAGACGUAGUAACAAUGUGAACGAAUGGCCGCCAGUUUCUGGAGAGAAGCUUAUUGAGUUGCAGUUAGUGCAGGCUGAAAAGAAAGAAGGAUUUAGAGCCGGCUUGCCGCAACAUGGAGUAGCAAGAGAGGAGCGCACUCCUAUUAUAUACGGUGAACUGUUUGAUAUCGAAGAAGGCAAGAAACCAGUAAAGAAGCUCAUCAUUGAAGGCAAUGCUGGGAUCGGUAAAACCACACUGUGUACCAUGCUUGCUGAAGGGUGGGCAGAGGGCAAGAUCCUGACACAAUUCGACUGUGUUCUGUUGCUUCCUCUUAGAGAAGAGCUAGUGUCAUCUGCAAAUUCUCUCCUUGAAUUGCUGAACUUUUUUCAUGAGAGCAAAUUAGUUUGCUCCACUGUUGCUGAGUACAUAGAAAGGAAAAAUGGAGCAAAAGUCCUUGUUAUUGCUGAUGGUUGGGAUGAGCUAAAAUCAGUAAAGCAAUCCAAUAAGUCAAGCUUUCUGUACAAGCUACUUUUUGGUCAGUCUUUUCGAUCUUCUUCUGUUCUCCUCACUUCGCGACCUUCUGCUUCAGUACCUCUUCACAGUCUCACUUCAGUUGACAGAUUCAUUGAGAUAGUUGGUUUCAAUGAGAACCAAAUCAAGCAGUACAUAGCUUGUGAAUACGAAUCAUUCCCAGAGAAAGCUUCUUCUCUCAUCAAGCAACUUGAAAGCAAUCCCCUCGUUCAAACUGUGUGUUCUGUGCCUCUCGAUUGCGCCAUUGUUUGUCAUUUGUGGCACACUUUAGACCAAGAGCUUCCUAGUACGCUAACUGAGCUGUACGCCCUUGUUGUUCUCAAUGUAAUCUCCCGUGAAACCAAAAAGAAUGCUCCUGUUGGCUUGUCACUAAAAAGCUUUGAUGAUAUCGGUGAUAAAGAGUUGGAAGAUACAUUUUGGUUGAUUUGUAAGUUUGCAUAUGAUAAUUUACAACAAGAUCAGAUAGUGUUUUCUGAAAGGGAAGUUAGAGAUCUUCUUCCAGAUUCUGUUGGCAAAUACCUUUGCUUUGGUCUGCUGCAAUCUGCACAUUAUCUCCGACCCACUGGCCAUGGUUUGUCUUUUCACUUUGCUCACCUGACCAUUCAAGAGUUUUUGGCCGCUCUCCAUUUUUCUUCUCUAUCCAAUGAGGAGAAAUUGAAGGUAUGUGAGGCUCACGUCAGGAGUGAUCGAUUCUCAAUGAUGUGGCGAUUUGUGUUUGGUCUGACUUGUAACAAGCAAAGAAGCAUUUACUGUGAAUGUAGAAAAGUUAUUUCUUUGGACGAUGUGGUGAUUGAUCGAGUUUUGUCUGCUUCGCUUUGGAAUCUUUUAUCGAUGUGUCACUAUGCUCUUGAAUCUAGGGAUGAAAACAUCAGCUUGAAAAUUGCGUCAGAACAUUACAUAAAUGGUCGGUUUCAUCACUGGGUCAGUAAUUAUUUGACCAUAGCACACACACCUCACGACUGCCUAGCUGUUUUCCAUGUGCUUCGUCAUACUUUCCAUUAUCCGGAAGUGUGUCUUAAUUUAGGUGCUUGUCGCCUAGGGGAUGAACAAUUAAGAGAGUUAGCUAGUAUUCUCUCUAAUAAACGCAGCAAGCAGCUACAAGUGAGAAAGCUUUAUUUAUAUGGCAAUCUGAUUUCAACAAAAGGUAUCACUCAUCUAUUUGAAGAAGCGUCAGCUUCAUUCUCAGAUCUUAAAAUGCUAUUCUUGAGCUUUAACAAUAUCGAUGACAUUGCACCAUCGCUAAGGAUUUCAUCCUGUAGCACCUUACGAUCGCUUAUUUUGUCGAAUAAUGUUCUUGUAUCGGAGUAUACAAAUGGUAUUCUGUCAUUAGAAAGUGUAAUACAAGAAGGUUUAUUGGUUAACCUCAAAAUGCUGCACUUAUCCCACACCCUCACUGACGAUGCCGAUGUCAAUGGAGCUCUACUGAAUGCACUCUUAACAGCCAUUGCCUCUAAUUGUGCGCAGCUAAACGAAUUAGAUCUUUCUCAUAACAAACUUGGUAUCCCUGGAUUAUGUGCUUUAAGAGAAGCUCUGCCAUCAUUGGUAAAAAAAGUAAACGAAUUUCAACUUGAUCUAAGUGACACUAAUCUCACAAAUGAAGUUAUAUUAGUUCAAUGGGCUACAAGUGAUGAAGAAUUCAAAUUUGGCAAUUGCAAACUUUCACUUAUUCUCAGCAACAAUUCAAAACUUGAAUGUGAUGGUGUCUUAACAAUUUUGAACAUGCUCGCAAGUGACCUCUGCACACUUGUCAAACUUUAUCUCGAAAAUAUUGAUUUCAAUACUACUGAGUUAUUACAUAUUUAUCCACAGGCUGUUAGUAGCUUGCUGCGCCUCUCUCUAAACCGCAACAAUUUCAGCGGCGACCAAGUUCUCGUAUUAAUACAUUUUCUUUUGGCUUGCACAUCUUUAGAGUAUCUUUACACUGUGAAUUGUUCUAUUAGUACGAGUGAAAUCAGUACAAUGGUGGCUCAUCUUAACUUGUCUGAUCGUAGUAUAAAGAGUCUCAAAUAUUGGUUUUUGGAUAUGAAUGCUAUUGAUGAUGAUGGUGCAGCAAUACUGAAGGAGAGCAAGCAAGAACUCUUCCCUGGUCUAGUUGAUAUUUUUCUCCAUGGAAAUCCAGUGAACAGCGAAAAACGUUUACAGAAACAGAGGCCAACUGUGAGUAAUCUCCACACGAGUCUCAUUGAAACCCUAGCUAAUUGGAAGAAAACAAAUUCCGCCCCAAAGAAAGAGGUGAUAUCAGAAUUUCAGUCAUCUAUAGAAGACUUUCUGUGGAUGGUGCAUGAUCAAGUGGCCAACCAACCACCUUCAUCAUGUGAUACACCAAGUGGCUCUCCAUCUGAGGUCCGUUCUGCAAAAAUCCCUAAACUGUUGGCUCCAUUUGCUGAUGUUUGCCAAGGAUUUCUAAGCCAGACAGCGGUGACCAUAUCAGAAUUGAAGGAGCGUACAAAAGUGACUGACUCUCAACUUGACACUGAAAUUGAAGAGACUGACAUGUGGGACCUGGCAGCUCACUUUGAUAAUGUGGAGACCUACCCUGUGAUGCUGGGGCUGAAUCCUGCUGAACAGAAAGAUGUUAAAUAUGCUUUGUUUACCAAUGACAUGCAAACAGCAAUUUUUUACGCUUUACAGUUGUGGAGAGAGCAUAAUUCAUAUGCAGCUACGUACCGAGCACUAGUGGACAUUGUACUGAGAAUGGGAAAGAAUGAACUGGCUCAGAAAGUCUGUGAAAUCUGUAAGCAAAAGUUGAAGUAACCUGGCAUCCACGUACUUCAUGCAUAUAAUUAUCGUUAUGCAACAAUUAUUAUUAUUAUUAUGUAAUGAUAUCAUGUUUUCCAUACUCAUAAUGAGUGACUUCGAUUCCA